CUUUAUGACGGCGACAUCUUUCUUUCUCUCUUGAGAGUUCUUAGUGAAAAAGAGGAGAGAGAAAGCGAUCUUGAUUUCUUUGGACUCAAGCGAUAUCACAAGACUAGGGUUACACAGUUUCCGAUCGAUUGCUGUUCAUUCGUCACUACAUCAUCGGUCUCCGCAUCCUUUCAGCAGUUGUCUGUAUAUAAACUGGGGCAAUGAAGACUGGAACAUCUUCUUUGAAUCCCUAUGCAGCAUCGUACAUACCACUCUCCCAAAGAGGGGCACCUGAUGGAAACAAGGAUUAUAAGUUGACAGCAGAACACUCUAAGAAUGGCAAUGAGACCAUCUGGUUGGGACUUCAUUCUGAGGAUACAACACAAAACCAGCUCCAGAGCAAAGUUUCUCAAAACUAUGAUGCCUAUGGAAUAUUGGACUCUAAACUGACGGCCCAUUCUGCUAGUGCUUCGUAUGGUUCAUUAUCACAUAACCCGAGUGAGAUGAUAGAAAAGCAGAUCCUAGAUGAGGAGUUUGACAUGGGAUUGGCAUAUCUCCAAAUGACAUUUCCUGGCAUAUCUGAUGAGUCUCUUUCUGAUGUCUAUUUGGCAAACAACGGUGAUUUGGAGGCCACAGUUGACAUGUUGAAUCAUCUUGAGAUGUACACUGUGGAUUCUGAUGAAGAUAUCCCAGGCAGCUCAAAAUCUGUUGAUGUCUCAGAACCGGGGUCUUCUAGCAAGGCAGCUGCAUCUUUGAAAUUGAAGAAGUUGGCAGGUGAAGUAGGUGGCUCAUCUGGUUCCUCGGACUCGGCCCUUGUCAGCUGAUUGAUUGACUCUGCAGAAAAUGAUUUCAAUAAACUUUCUUUGCGCUUCUUACUUUUGUGGAUACAAAGCAAGAGUUCUUUGGUUAGUUGGAUUCUAAGGUACAUAUAGUUUUUGUUUGUGGUUGUAUAGUUCUUAGUUUGCUUAAAAACUCUCUUUUGCUUCAUGGAUUCUGGUUGAGGAAGCUCAACAGGCUCUUGAGCUGUUUUAUCUAGCAAAAUGUUACAAUUUUAGGAAACUGAAAAUGAUUUGUGGUUGUUGACAAGAUAGAUUCCGUCUUCUUACGUGAUUGAAUUUGCUACCGUGUAAAGAUGAGAUUGAUGUUCAUCAAGUUGGAUGCUGUACGUCGAUAUAUGAUUGUGCGAAACCUGCGCGUCGCAUUGCCCUAACUCGUUAAAUCUGUUUUUUCUUGGUGGAACUUUGCAA